UAUCGCAUAAUCUUCGAUCUUCGAUCUACUCGAGGGCAAAUCUAACACGGGCAUAAUGUGUGGACGAUAUGCACUAGGCGUGCGCAUGAAUUUCGUUCAGCGCCGUCUCCAAGAACAGGGCAUGCCCGUCGACGAAGUCCCGGACGACGACGAGGUGCGCGAAACAUAUAAUUUCGCGCCGGGCAACAAUGGCGCGGUGUACCGCGUGGACACAGCAUCCACUAGCGUAGAAGAGCACGAGCACGAGCAGCAGCAUGAGCCACCAGAGCACGACGACAACGAGACCCCUACUAACCCCCAACAAGACCCCACCACCACCCACCCGCCAAGUCCUAAUAAGCAGAAAGUCAGCAACCGCCCCCGCUACAAAAUCCAAAGUAUGCGAUGGGGCCUGAUCCCGUUCUGGACGAAGCGCAAGCCCGACUACGGGUCGCUGAUGCGCACGAUCAACUGCCGGGAUGACUCGCUGCUCGAGGACCGCGGGAUGUGGACGUCGAUGAAGCGCAAGAAGCGCUGCGUCGUCGUCUGUCAGGGGUUCUUUGAGUGGUUGAAGAAGGGACCGGGAGGGAAAGAGAAGGUGCCGCAUUUUGUGCGGCGGAGGGAUGGGGAUCUGAUGUGUUUUGCUGGGUUGUGGGAUUGUGUGAGGUAUGAAGGGUCGGAUGAAGAGCUCUAUACGUUUACGAUCAUUACAACAUCCUCGAAUCCGUACCUCAGGUUUCUACAUGAUCGGAUGCCUGUGAUUCUCGAGCCCAACAGUGUGGAGAUGAGCCGGUGGCUGGAUCCGGGCCGGACGACGUGGUCGAAGGAAUUGCAAGCCAUGUUGAAGCCGUACGAGGGCGAGUUGGAGUGUUAUCAGGUGCCGAAGGAGGUUGGGAAGGUGGGGAACAACUCCCCGGACUUCAUCGUGCCGGUGAGCAGUAAGGAGAACAAGAGCAAUAUUGCCAAUUUCUUCGCCAAUGCCAAAAAGGCUGCGCCGGAGAGUGGUGAUGCACCGUCGAAAGAGGAUUCGGACGACGAAACCGUCAAGGAUGAACCGGACCAUCGGGACACGGUAGACGCUGAGUGGACCGAGGACAAUGCUCCGCUGCCGGCUACGGGGGUCAAACGGGAGCAUCCGGCAGAGAGUCCUGCGGAAGUCGAGGAUGAAGCUGCGAAGAGGCAGAAGACUCAGCCUAGCCCGCCAGCCUCACCGGAUCAGGGCACCGAGCAGAAAGCAAGUCCAACGCAAGCACCAAGUCGAGGAAAGCAGAUGCGAAGUGCAACCCACAAUCAGAAGCCGGCCAAAAAGCCCCAGCAGAAGAAAGCGGCGGCAGGGACUCAGCCCAUAACGAAUUUCUUUCAGAAGUGAUUGUUUUUUCUCAUCUGGCUUGGCAGCAAAGUAUAUUUUGGCGUGGAUUGGGUCGUCGGCAAUUAUGAGCUGGUCUCUGAGCGGCGUUGUUCCAUUUUUCGAGUCUAUUUUACAGAUUGUGUCAACUGUCCAGCAGUUUUUGGAUCAGUGCAGUCUUUGGAGACGGCAAUGAGGACAGCAAGGGUCUAUU